UGAACGGUUGUUUUCAUUAGGUUCACGUCACCGCGCGGGGAGCAAGCUGGCACUUUAGGAAGGAUGGAUAACUACAUACAGGCUCUAAAAGCCGACUUUGAAGAAUUAUUGGGUCAAUUUCAGCGGACGGAUUCCGUGCGAUACGAGAAUUUCUUACCAAUUUGGAGAAAUCUGGACUUCCCCAGCUUAUUUUAUGGGAAGAUUGUGCCUAACGAGAUGAGGAUAUUUUGUCGUCUGGCCCUCGCUACUGCCUACCAGUACUUCCUGCCACCGUACACCUUCCAGAUCCGAGUGGGGGGCUUGUAUCUGCUUUAUGGCCUGUACCACACACAGCUGGCAUCCCCCAAAGAGAAGAUCAGGAUUGCACUGAAGGACUGGGAAGAGGUCAUGAAGUUUCAACAGGAUGCAGCAAAUGCCCAGCACUAUGAUGUCGUGUACAUUCUCCGAAAACUCUUAUCGGAGAAAUCAUUUUACUUCGCUGCAAUGCCCAAACAGCUAAACUAUCAGUCAAAGAAGAAGCCUUUGAGGAAUGAAGUUUGUGAGGAGUUUCGGGAGCGGCCUCAGCGGGUGAAGGAUCUCAUCAGUAUGGACACUUUAGAGGAAGUUAUGAAUGUUCAGCAACACUAUGAGAAGAUGAAGGCUGCCAUCUCAGCCACUCCUGGCCAGCUAGACUCAGCAAUAAAUUUCAUUCGCAAGGACCUGGUAUCACAGCUGCGUAGCACAAUGAUGGAAUACCACAAGUUGGAGGAACAGCAGUCGAGGGACACCGUGCCAAAAUCUGGGGAUGGCGAUAAUGCUGCUGGUGAGGGCUCUUCUGAGCAGCAAGAGUGUUCCCAGAGGGCACAGUUGUUGGCUUCUAUCAAAUCAAAGUCUUAUGGACAUGUACUGGAGGCAUCCAAGUCACGCAGACAUCGGCAGGUGGAAAUGGACACUUCAGGCUCUGGAACAGAUCCAAGUCAAUUAGUCCUUUUCCGGAAAAAGAAAAGGCCUCUCUCCCUCAAGGCCAGGACCAAGAAGAAUCUAAUUGACAAAGUUGGGACCCUAAAACAGGAAGCCACAGAAUUCACUGGUCCAGGUAUGAUGGAGGAGAAUUCAAAAGAGAAUUCUAAAAAGAAGAGAAGAUUCAGAUGGUAAGACAAGGAAUGAACGUAAGUCUGAACACUGGACCUGUGUCUGGGACAAGCCAAACUCUGCAUCAGCUGACCUACACUGAGACUACUGUGUUCUCUGUUGUUCUGCUCAAAGAACUUAUUUUUCUGAUGUCAGGAGUCAUUCUGCCACUUUAAAUUAGAACUUUUCUAGUUUUGCGUUUUCCAAGGUGUGAAGGCUGGUGCGCACGUUAAGUAUUUCUCACUCCUGUGUAUUAUCCAUA